AUGUACAAUCUUAAAAGCGUCUACAUAUAUGUUGCAAAUCACGAAAGUGUCGAAGUGUUUGGUAGUCAUCGGAGUCGGUCGGAGUUGGUUCAUGUGCUAACGUUGUAUGUUGGGCUAAACUCCAAGUCUACAUUGACUGUUUUAUCUCUCUCUUCAUUGUUAAAUGGAUCCAUUGUCACCACCAGAAGAGCCGCUGCUGCCGCCGCCGGCACCUUCCACCGGAGGAUGUUUUCAAUCAUGAAAAAUGCAACAAAAGCUUUGCUGUCGAUUGUUCUCAUCAUCUUCAUGUACUCUACAUUGCUCCCAGACUCCCAGGAUGGCAGGUAUGUAGAGGCAAUGAGGUUGGUGGUGGUGGUGGUGGUGGAUUUGAAGAUUGGGUCGGGGUGUGAAUUGAAGAUGGUGUUGGGGUUUGUGAAUUGA